AUGGCGCUAGUUGUGAUAUGUGGGCAACCUUGCAGUGGGAAGUCAAUAGCUGCAGUGACCUUAGCCGAAGCACUGAAAGAAUCCGAAACGAAACAGAGUGUGAGAAUCAUCGACGAGGCUUCUUUCCAUCUAGACCGCAACCAAAACUAUGCCAACAUGCCUGCAGAGAAGAACCUGAGAGGGAAACUCAGGUCAGAUGUUGAUAGAUCAGUCUCUAGAGGCGACAUUGUUAUUGUAGAUUCCUUGAACAGCAUCAAAGGUUACAGAUACGAGCUGUGGUGUAUCGCUCGUGCAGCUGGGAUUAGGUAUUGUGUUGUCUUCUGCGAUGUGGAUGAAGAACAUUGCAGGCAAUGGAAUAAGGAACGUGGUGAUAGAGGGGAGGCUUCGUAUGACGAUGGCAUAUUCGAAGAUUUGGUGAGAAGGUUUGAGAAACCUGAGAGAAGAAACCGGUGGGAUUCGCCUCUCUUUGAGCUAUACCCUUCUCGAGAUGGAAUAGAGAAAGCCUCUCCUGUGAUUUCAGAGGCUGUGACUUAUCUAACCAAGACUGUUGAUUCCAAAACCCAAGACGUGAGGAUUCUCCAACCGAGUAUUGCAACUCAGGGUGCUAGAUUCUCUGAAGCGAACUCUCUUUACGAGCUGGACAGAGCGACGCAAGAAGUCAUUAAUGCGGUCGUGGAACAACAAUCGCUUGGUGGAGCUAUAAGCAGAGUGACUCUUGGCAGUGAACUACCUCCGAUCGAAAUCUGCAGACCUGUUGGACUACCGGAGCUAAGGAGGCUACGAAGAACGUUUGUUAAACUGAUGGGUCAAGCGAGUCUGAGCGGGCCACCGUUACCAACUGAUGCUGACAGUGCAAAGAGACGGUUUGUUGAUUACUUGAACAGAGAGUUUGGAGGUAGUAGUGCUUAA